GGGAACUCAAUCGGGAAAGGACAUUUUGGUACGGUGCAUCGGGCACUUGAUCUCAGGACAGGUCAAAUGGUAGCCGUCAAGCGUAUCAAACUCAAUGUAACUCGUAAGGAAGAUGUCAGUGAUGUCUUGCAAGAGGCACACAUCUUACAGUCAUUGACCCACCCUAACAUUGUACAAUACAAGGGUUUUAUCCAAACAUCGGAACACAUCAAUAUUGUUCUAGAAUACGUGGAAAAUGGGUCUUUAUUGAGCACUUUAAAGGCCUUUAAUAGCUUUCCAGAGGCCCUUGUAGCUGGUUACUGCCAAAGGAUCCUAGAGGGGUUAAACUAUCUCCACGAACAAGAUGUGGUGCACUGCGAUCUAAAGGCAGCCAAUAUACUGACGACAAAAGCGGGUGAUGUUAAACUCUCAGAUUUUGGAGUUUCCCUGAACCUCAAAUUGAAAGAUGCUCAAGCAGGUGUAGUGGCUGGAACACCCAACUGGAUGGCCCCGGAAGUAAUUGAAUUAAAGGGAGCGACUACAAAAUCAGAUAUAUGGUCAUUAGGCUGCACGAUUAUUGAACUGUGUACAGGCAAACCCCCUUAUUCGGAUGUAAACCCAAUGACAGCCUUGUUCAGAAUUGUAGAAGAUGAGUGUCCACCUUUACCAGAGUCAAUAUCCGAGGACCUGCGUAGUUUCUUAGAACUCUGUUUUCAAAAGUCUCCCAUGGAUCGGCCCACGGCUGGUGAACUGCUGAACCACGUCUGGGUUAGAAAC